CCUCCACCGACACAAAAACUCGGAUCAUUAUUUCUUUCCUUUCUUCCCCAUCACUCCUCACCUUCUCGAUGAAUCCUUGUGCGGAGAUAUAUCAAAGAGUUUUGUGGUCAACUACAUCAAUUUCGGUGCGUUCAAAUGCUUCUGCUUAAAUCUCAACGAACACCAUUCCCUUUCGCUUUGAUUCUCCGGUGAUUCUCUAAUGCUUUCGUCGUCACUCGGUCAGUGACUUUGGGGGCGGGCGGAGGAAAAAAAAGAAAAAGAAAAGCGAAAGCGAAAAUGGAGAGACGUUCGUCGUCGGACGAAGAGGACGACCGCGAGAACCUGAUCCCGCAGAACGACGACGUCAAGCACCUCCCUCCCACUACUCGUUCGCCCUUCCACAUUGACGAUUUCCACUCCACAAUGCGCCGGCGAUUCCACCUCCACUUCAACAAGAGGUACCUACUUGCCAUCCUCCUUCCUCUUCUCAUCCUCGUCCUCUACUUCUCCACCCGCAACCUCUUCCCCUCUGGCCUCAGAUUCGACCGCAUGCGCGAAUCCGAAUUGCGCGCUCUUUAUUUGUUGAGACAACAGCAACUAGGGCUUUUCAGUUUAUGGAAUAACUCCCAGUUGGAAACCGGGAACCGUUCGUUCGUACAGUCGAUCGCAUAUCUCGACGAUCUUAAAUCUGCCCUGCUCAAGCAGAUUUCCUUGACUAAAGAGAUUCAGCAAGUUCUCUUGUCGUCCCAUCGAUACGGGAACUUGUCCGAGUUCCAAUCCAAUUUUCAGGACCCCAGUCUAAGCGGUGGUUAUGGUUUCGGUAGGUGUGGAAAGGUGGACCAGAAGAUGAAUGAGCGAAGAACCAUUGAGUGGAAGCCGAAAUCAAAUAAAUACUUGUUCGCAAUUUGCCUGUCCGGGCAGAUGUCAAACCAUUUGAUUUGCUUGGAGAAGCACAUGUUCUUUGCGGCUCUGCUUGACCGGCUUUUGGUCAUUCCGAGCUCCAAAGUGGAUUACCAGUACAAUAGGGUUUUGGAUAUUGAUCAUAUUAAUGAAUGCUUUGGGAGAAAGGUUGUUGUUUCGUUUGAGGAGUUUUCCGAGGCUAAGAAGAAUCAUAUGCACAUAGAUAGUUUUAAAUGUUAUUUUUCGCUGCCUCAGCCUUGUUAUGUGGAUGAGGAGCACAUUAAGAAGCUAAAAUCGUUGGGAAUUUCGAUGGGGAACCCUGAGCCUGCUUGGGUUGAGGAUAUUAAGAAGCCAAACAAGAGAACUGUUCAAGAUGUUCAGUCCAAGUUCUCUUCGGAUGACGAUGUUCUUGCAAUUGGAGACAUUUUCUAUGCGGAUGUGGAGCAAGAUUGGGUGAUGCAGCCUGGUGGGCCGCUUGCUCACAAAUGCAAGACGCUAAUCGAACCAAGUCGUCUUAUUUUACUUACAGCACAGCGUUUUAUUCAGACAUUCUUGGGAAAGAACUUCGUAGCACUUCACUUUCGGAGACACGGCUUCUUAAAGUUCUGCAAUGCUAAAAGGCCCAGUUGCUUUUUCCCCAUUCCUCAAGCUGCGGAUUGCAUCACUCGAAUAGUUGAAAAAGCAAAUGCACCAGUCGUUUAUCUUUCAACUGAUGCAGCUGAAAGUGAAACUAGUUUGUUGCAGUCACUAGUUGUGCUUGGAGGGAAGGCUGUACCACUUGUUAAAAGGCCUCCUCAUAGUUCAGCUGAAAAAUGGGAUGCUUUGUUGUACAGACAUGGCCUUGAGGAUGACUCUCAGGUGGAAGCUAUGCUGGAUAAGACAAUCUGCGCAAUGUCUAGUGUAUUUAUUGGAGCCCCUGGAUCAACAUUCACGGAGGACAUCUUGCGAUUGCGGAAAGACUGGGGUUCAGCAUCUCUGUGUGAUGAGUACCUUUGCCAAGGUGAAGAUCCAAACUUUGUGGCAGAAAACGAAUGAAAGAAGAUACAGAAAUGGUGUGAGAUUGAGUCUUAAAAAGAGGCUAUUUCCGUAUGUGCCUCUGCACGAUAAGUUGGUUUACCCCGAAAUUUGUUAUCAUUUUUUCUAGUGUAUGAUAAUAGCAUUCUUUUUUUCAUUUUUCUUGUUCCAUUUGAUGAUACGAUAGCCUCGGCUGAGUAUGAUAUGUGCGUGGGCAAAUGGUGUUUGUAAAUCUACCCUCUGUACCUCCUCCUUUUCACCCAGAAAUCGAUAUUUGGGUUGCUCA